CUUCAGUCGGCUGCAGCGGCACGGGCACGGGCACGGGCCAUGGAUCGCUCAGCAGCGGGCAAGGAGCUCGCCCUGGCGCCGCUGCAAGUCUGGGGCGAGGAGACCGAGGACGGCGCGGUGUAUAGCGUCACCCUGCGGCGGCAGCGCAGCCAGCGCGCGAGCCAGGGGGAGAGGCCAGGGGGCAGCGAGGCCCCCAGCACCGCGGCCGCGGCCUUUCUCCAUUACCGCACGAGCAAGGUGCGAGCGCUCCGGGCGGCGCGGCUGGAGCGGCUCGUGCACGAGCUGGUGUCCGGAGACCCUGAGCAGGACCCUGGGUUCGUGCCCGCCUUUCUGGCCACGCACCGGGCCUUUGUGCCCACUGCCCGCGUGCUGGGCCUUCUGCUCCCACCGCCACCGCCGCCACUGCCGUCGGGGGUAGAGAUCAAGAAGGAGGGACAAGCUCCGAACUUCAACAAGAACCUGAGGGCUGUGGUGUCUGUGCUGGGCUCCUGGCUUCGGGACCACCCUCAGGACUUCCGAGACCCCCCUGCUCACUCCGACCUGGGCAUCAUCUGCACCUUUCUGGGCUGGGCAGCCCCAGAGGGAGCUGAAGUCAAAGAAGCAAAGAGGCUGCUGGGAGAUUUCCUGAAGGAAGCGGAAUUGGAGCAGGGAGAAGAGGAGAAGUCAGACUUAGGGGCAGGACCCCCCGGAGGUGCCCAGAACCCAGACCCAGACCUCCAGGAAGGCAGCGGGGAAGAGGAGGAAGAAGCGAUGCCCGAAGGCCCGGAGCUCCUGGACUUCAGCGUGGAUGAGGUGGCCGAGCAGUUGACCCUGAUGGAUGUGGUGAGGAACCUCGCCCUUGCCCUCACUCCUCCCCACCCCUACCCCGUCGGGCCCCCCACUGAGCUCUGCUCCCCCUUCCGGCCCUGCGAAUGCCUGGGCUCCGUGUGGUCGCAGCGGGACCGGCCUGGGGCCGCGGGCACCUCCCCGACUGUGCGCGCCACGGUGGCCCAGUUCAACACGGUGACCGGCUGCGUGCUGGGUUCGGUUCUCGGGGCGUCGGGCCUGGCCGCCCCCCAGCGGGCGCUGCGGCUGGAGAAGUGGAUCCGCAUCGCCCAGUGUUGCCGUGAACUGCGGAACUUCUCCUCCCUGCGAGCCAUCCUGUCCGCCCUGCAAUCCAACCCCAUCUACAGGCUCAAGCGCAGUUGGGGUGCCGUGAGCCGGGAACCUUUAUCCACUUUCAGGAAACUGUCGCAGAUAUUCUCCGACGAAAACAACCACCUGAGCAGCAGAGAGAUGCUAUCUCAGGAGGAGGCCUCUGAGGGCCUCCAAGAGAAAGACACCCCCCCAGGAAGCCUGUCCUCUAAGCCGCCCCCAGGCCCUGUCCCCUACCUUGGCACCUUCCUCACGGAUCUGGUCAUGCUGGACACUGCCCUACCGGACAUGCUGGAGGGGGACCUCAUCAACUUUGAGAAGAGGAGGAAGGAGUGGGAGAUCCUGGCCCGAAUCCAGCAGCUACAGAGACGCUGUCAGAGCUACUGCCUGAGCCCCUGCCUGCCCAUCCUGGCUGCCCUGCGUGCCCAGCGCCAGCUCAGCGAGGAGCAGAGCUACCGCAUCUCCCGGGUCAUCGAACCGCCCGCUGCCUCCUGCCCCAGCUCCCCACGCAUCCGCCGGCAUAUCAGCCUCACCAAGCGCCUCAGUGCGAAGCUGUCCCGUGAGAGAGGCUCAUCCCCUGGUGGGAGCCCUGGGGACUCCUCAUCCCCCACGUCCCCCACGUCCAGUCUGUCUCCAGGGUCCCCUCCACCCAGCCCUAGAACCAAAGACCCUCCUCCUAGCAGUCCCCCAGCCUCUCCAGGGCCCCAAGGCCCUAGCACCAAGCUGCCCCCGAGUCCAGAUCUGCCAGGCUCCAGGCCCCUCGGCCUGUCCCUGAGUGGCCCCCACAUCCCUGCAGCCGGGCAGCAAGGCUGCGAGGCCCGAGUCAUCCGAGUCAGCAUCAACAAUGACCAUGGAAACCUGUAUCGGAGCAUCUUGCUCACUAGUCAGGACAAGGCCCCCAGCGUGGUGCAGCGAGCCUUGCAGAAGCACAAUGUGGCCCAGCCCUGGGCCCGAGACUACCAGCUCCUCCAGGUCCUUCCUGGAGACAGGGAGCUCCUGAUUCCUGACAAUGCCAACGUCUUCUAUGCCAUGAGUCCUGCAGCCUCUGGAGACUUCUUGCUUCGGCAGAAGGAGGGAGCUCGGCAUCCACCCUCUCCUUCCCCGACUUGAGGCGGCCCUCCCCACCCACCAAGACACUGACUCCUGGGUACAGGGAGACCAGCGUACCUCACCACGGAGGCAGACGGCUCUUCUCCCUGCAAACCCUCAUCCUCCAGUAGCAGGUGCUGUGCUGCUCUGUACCCCAGGAACCCUGCCCUCUACCAACUGUAGUCCCUUGGACCCCACCUCCCUGACCCUCCUGAUCCUGGGUCUUUGUUUCAAGUACAUCAGCCCCCUGGAGGGCUGGCUGGUGAGCUCUACCUAUAAACAUGGAAGUGUGUAGGGUCGUGGGGGAUUGGACCCCUUCCGAGGGAGCUCUGAUAAUUCUUGGAGACAAAUCAGAAGCGACCAAAUGGGAAAACCGAACUCAACUGCCACCGAAUCAAUCCUGACUCACAGUGACCCUCUAGGACAGGGCAGAACUGCCCCUGUGAGUCUCCCAGACGGGAACUCGGUACAGCAGGGGAGAACCUGUCUUUCUCCCGCAGGACUGACCAAGGCCGAUGCAAACAGUGAGCAAAGUGAAGAAAUGGCAA